UGAACUGAAUGCCCGUUAAUAUACCUCGUUCUCAUCAUUGCCAACAUCUCAACCUGAAAUCACCAAACCCCCAGACUUAGCAUCGCAUACAUACUCAGUCAAACCCCCCUUAACAACACUAGAAACCAUGCUGUCGAACCCCAUCAACCUGCCCAAGUGGCUCGAAGAGAACUCCCACCUUCUCAAACCACCCAUCAACAACUACUGCGUCUACAAUGAAGACUUUACAGUCAUGAUCGUAGGCGGCCCCAACGCCCGAACAGACUACCACAUCAACACCACCCCGGAGUGGUUCUACCAGUACAAAGGCGCCAUGCUCCUCAAGGUCGUCGACCCCUCGGACGGCGGCGGCGCCUUCAAGGACAUUGUCAUCCGCGAGGGGGACAUGUUCCUCCUCCCGCCCAACACGCCGCACAACCCCGUCCGCUUCGCCGACACCGUGGGCCUCGUGCUCGAGCAGCGCCGCCCCGCGGCCAGCGUCGACCGCAUGCGCUGGUACUGCGACGCGCCCGGCUGCGCCACCGUCGUCCACGAGGCCGCUUUCCACUGCACCGACCUCGGCACCCAGAUCAAGGCCGCCGUCGAGGAGUUCAAGGCGAGUGAGGAGAAGAGGACGUGUCCGAGGUGCGGUACCCUAGCUGAGGCGGCGCCCCGGCCGGGGAGUAUUCGGGAUCCUAAUCUUGAGUGAAUAUCUAUUUUAUUUUCUUUUGUCUUGUUUCUCUCUUUUUUUCUUUUCUUGUCUUUUCUUUUCUUUUCUUUUCUUUUCUUUUUUUUUUGGUAGGUGGGGUAGCGGGUGUUUGCGCGAAAAAGUUCCUUUUGGAGGGGUUGAGAAGCGAGGGAGGGAUAAUGGGAGACGUCGCUUUGCGAGAAGUAAAUUACGUCAAAAGUUGUACAUCUCCUCAAUUGGGUACGUUAUACGGAUACAUAUGCGAUAUGUGCCGACAGAGUGAUACCGCCUCUCU